UAUAAAAGUGUGCAUUUUUUUCCACCUAGGUUUUUCUCCGGUUGACAAUUUUGUUUCGUCGGCGCAACCCCCACCUGAGCGUGCAGCAUGCCGACGCCCGAAAUCUCGCCGGCGAUCGGCAUCGACCUGGGCACCACCUUCUCCGUGGUGGCCGUCUACCGGAAGAGGAAGGGCGAGAUCAUCCAGAACGACGCUGGCAAGAGGACCACGCCGUCGUACGUGUCCUUCACCGACGCCGAGGAGUACGUCGGCGAGGCGGCCAAGGAGCUGGCCAACAGGAACACACUCUAUGAUUCCAAGCGGCUGCUCGGACGCCGUUUCGAGGAUGACGUCGUCCAGCGGGACAUUGAACACUGGCCGUUCAAGGUCAUGAAUGACGGCGGCGUGCCCAAGUACGAGAUCACAAGGGAUGGCCUGCCGACCAUGUUGACGCCCGAAGAGGUAUCGGCGAAAAUUCUGAAGGCCAUGAAGGUGACAGCUGAGGACAGUCUGGAGAGGUCCGUCGAGAAGGCCGUCAUCACCGUGCCCGCCUACUUCAACGACUCGCAGCGACAGGCGACGCUGUCGGCAGCCAGGCUGGCGGGUCUCGAGGUGCUGGAGCUGCUCAACGAACCCACUGCGGCCGCCAUCGCCUUCGGCUUCGACAAGGGCCGGGAGCAGACCGUGCUCAUCUUCGACCUGGGCGGCGGCACGUUCGACGUGACCGUGCUGCAUAUAUGCAGCAACAACUAUCAGAUCAAGGCCCACGGCGGGGACACCCACCUCGGCGGACAGGACUUCGACGCCCAGCUGCUGGAGUACGUCAUUGAGGACAUCAAGAAGAGCCUUGGCAUCGACCUUCAGAGGGACCGCGAGGACGACCCCGAGCUCAUGCACGAGCUGCGUGCGGCGUGCGAGCUGGCCAAGCGCAAGCUCUCCACCAUGCCCCAGACCACCAUCAACCUCUUCCUCAACCGGUACGGCAAGGGCUACCGGAAGGACAUCACCAGGGCCUUCUUCGAGGACCUGUGCCUCGCACAGUUCCGGAAGGCCAUCAACAUCCUGCCCGAGGUGCUCAGUGAAGCCAAGGUGACCAAGGACGAGAUCGACGAGGUGGUCCUGGUGGGCGGCUCGACCCGCAUCCCCAAGAUCCGCAGCUUGGUGCAAGAGUUCUUCGACAACAAGGAGCUCAACAAGUCCGUCAACCCCGACGAGGCGGUGGCGCUUGGCGCGGCCAUCAGGGCAGCCUCGCUGACGGGCCAGGCGGGCGCCAAGCAGGUGGUGAUGAAGGACGUGACGUCGCUCUCGAUGGGGGUGGCCACCUCCGACGGGCUCGUCGCCGUCCUCAUCCCCCGCAACACUCCGCUGCCUUACAAGAUCACCAAGCCCUUCACCACGGCCAGCGACAACCAGGAAGAGGCCGAAAUCAAGGUGUGCCAGGGCGAGCGGGCGCGCUGGGAGCACAACCACAUCCUGGGCGACUUCACCCUGGCCGUGCCCGCCAGGCCCAAGGGCCAGAUCGACAUCGACACGACCUUCUCGCUGGACGCGGGCGGCGUGCUGACCGUGACCGCCGUGGAGAGGUCCUCCAAGGAGCAGGCGAGCGUGACGCUGCAGUGCGAGUCGAGGCUCUCGGAGCGCGAGCUGCGAGAGAUGCUGGAAAGGGCCAAGCUGCACAGCAACGAGGACGACGAGGAGCGCGACAGAGCCAGGAAGGAGCGCUACAAGCUGUAGGCCGGACUUGCCCCCUUUUUGUAUUGUACAUUCCUUGUUUUCAUCAUUUACUUUGUGGUUUGCAAAGUGAGACACACAUUGAAGAUCGUUAAUCAUUGUCAUAUUUUAGCACUAAAUUUUUGGUUCGUAAUUGCCACACUUCUACAGACUGAUGUGUCAAAAUUUGAUGUGCUGUGUUCUGAAUAAUUCUUGAUUAAAAUAAAUCAUAUUCAUGUCUGCA